UAUAUAAACAGUUCAAACCCCACAUCUCCUCUCUCUCUCUCUCUCUCUAUAUCUCAAAUGUUGUCAUCAUCCUCCGGCAGUGAAGAAAUCACCAACAGUAGUAGUAGUACUACUACUUCCAACACAACCAAAAAAACAAAAUCCGACUAUUCAUCUUCCUCUCCAAAAUCAUCAUUCUCUUCCAUCCCAAGAACCAUGGAAGAAGUUUGGAAGGACAUCAAUCUCUCUUCUCUCGGCCAUGACAACAUGAUCAUCUCUUCUGAUCAGCCAAACGCAAACCCUAGCACUACUUUUCCUCCACCUCCUCCUCAUCACCACCCCAUCAGAAAUAUCCACCAUCAAAACAACUUCCAAGACUUUUUAGCAAGACCCUUUUGUAAUAAUGACCUAAACUUGCCCAACAAAUCCAUGGUGGUCUCAUCAAUGGCUUCUCCUCCUCCUCCUCCUCCUCCUUCUCUUCACCAUUCAGCCACUGCCUUGAGCUUGAACUCUGGCCCGGAGUUCCGGUUCAUGGAUAACCCACUUCAUCCUCAUCAUCGUCAUCAUAAUCAUAACCAUAAUCAUCAUGAUCAGCUUAUGAGUAGGCCCACUAGUGCAAACACAAACCCCAUGAAUAUGAUGAUCAACUCCAAUAGUAAUGUGUCUUCUCGUUUCAUUAACAACAACAACAACAAUCUUUUUGACUCAUCACCACUUUCUUUUGGGAAGAGAUUUCCAUCAUGUGAUAACAGUAUUAGUGGUGGUGGAUCAGGAGAUAGGAGGCACAAGAGAAUGGUCAAGAACCGGGAAUCUGCUGCUCGAUCAAGGGCUAGAAAGCAGGCAUAUACAAAUGAGUUGGAGCUUGAAGCUGACCGCUUGAAGGAAGAGAAUCAAAGACUCAGAAAACAACUAGAACAGGUUUGCCAAGCAGCUGCCGCUCAACUUCCCAAAAAGCACAGCCUCCAAAGAACGUCAACGGCUCCAUUUUAAGCAUAAUAAUCUCACUGACUUUUUUUUCAUUUUAGAUUUUAGAUUUUAGAUUGUUACUUACCUAGCUGACUCCCCCCCUUUUCUUUCUUUUGAGUUUCAAGAAAAGGAAUUGAUGGGGAAUUUCUGCCUUAUGUGUAGGAUAUUUAUAUACAUAUAUAUAGUAACGUUUUAUAUAUUUUAUAUUUUAUUUAUGUUAACAUGUGUAGUGGUUUUAAGGAUUGGAACAAAACCACUAUUGCUAC